AUGCGUGCAAUCAUAAAUGCGACAUCUUCGAAAACUCUGAAUCCAGGAACUGUGCUUGAAAAUCUCACUACAGCCGAGAGCCUCGAGUCAGAAUCGGCAUUAAAAAAGAUAGCAAUCGUCAUGAGAGCUGUGGAUCCCAUUCAUGAAUGCACCCUGCAACGGGUCCUUGCGAUAUCAGAGCUUCUAGCAGACAGAAAAUACUGCAUUUAUACCUUUUUCAUACUCUUGGAUCAAAGUGAUGUUAAUCGAACAACAGCUGCCAGCUUGCAAAGCUAUUUCAACGAGCACAAUGCCUCUCAGAAUCUAAGACCACCCGAAAUAUUUGGCGUUUCGGAAGACCGAGUCCGCUCCGAGUUUCCUGCAUUCUCAAACGGGUACAUGGCAGCAAAGCUUGUUGAUGGGACUUAUGCUGCAGUCUCGAACAGGCCUUGGUUAUGGCAGCUGCUCGUUCCAACAAUUGCCAUGUUUUCCCAUUAUCAUUCCGAGUUUGCCCAUACAUGGGUUUUUGAAGAUGAUGUCUGGUCGAUUGGAACGCCACUAAUGGAGAGUUUUCGUCGCUGGGACGAAGUAAUGGAUAGAUCUUCUUCUUCUACUGACUUGGCGGCCUUGCGAACCAAAAGGAAUGGGAUUCCGUACAAUAUGGAAAUGCAGCAGAAACACACACAAGGUUUCGAGAAAAUUUUGACACUGAUGAAAACUUCCAUCAAACAGCAAAAGCAAUGGAAAAGACUUUUAUCCAGAGACAAUCAAAAGCGUUCGUCCCAUUGGACUCAUUGGGAUGCGGCAUCAGUUCCAAAUUGGGCAUGUGUUUCCGAUGCCAUCUAUCGCCACUCGCAUUCGUUUUCGGAAUACCUUUAUGCCGCAAUUUCCAAAAAUAUCUAUCAGUUCGCAGAGUGCUUUCAACAACCGCUUGCAUGGUGGGGAAAUUUUACGAUUACUGAUGUGCAAGCUCUAUUGAACGAAACAGAAAGAGCGUCGUAUAGUUGGGAGCAUGGUCUGGUUAAUAAGAUUACGCGGACGGAAGCGACAAGAAGGUUUGAAGCUCGCAAGGACAUUGCUACUCUAUUGUAUCAUGGAAUCAGCUCUCAUAAAAUGAAUUGGGUUGGGCAAGGAAAAGACAUGCAGCUUGGACUCGUUUGGAACAAGUUGGAAUCUGACUGUGGCGAAAAUCCAUUCAAAUCACGGUGA